AUGGCCCAUCUCCGCCACCACCCCCGCCCCGACUCCGACCUCACCAUCAUGUUCGAGCACUGCUCCAACCACGGCUACUUCCCCGACCGCCCCUCCCCCUCGGGCCGCUCCUCCCCCUCCAACUCCUCCCCCUCCACCCCCAUCGAGCCCUACUCCCCCGCCAGCCUCGACCUCGCCGUCGCCUCCGAGGACUCCUGGAACCUCAUCCCCUACGACGUUCCCUGGGGCUGCGAGUACUACCACUACCGCGCCGGCACCCUCCCCGGUCCCGACGGCGCCUGCAUCUUCCUCCGCUCCCCCACCCCCCUCAAGAACAGACGCACCCAGAAGGCGUGCAACAAGUGCCGCCAACGGAAAGCCAAGUGCAGCGGCUCGCGCCCCGCGUGCAACCGCUGCCUCGCCCGCGGCUACAUCUGCGAGUACGUCGAGGAGGACAAGCCCGCGCGCCCACAACAAAACGCCUCCCGCCAGCCCCGCGACCGCCGCCUGCGCUCGGACUCGGAGUGCUCCGAGCCCGCCGGUCCGUCCUACCCGCCCUCCGAGGUCGACUCCUCCCCGUACCACUACGCGCACGCCAAGUCCGAGAACUCCGGCACGUCCACCCCCGACCUCCUCUACUCCGAGCAGGACUCCCACAUGUUCGAGUCCACCGCGUCCCCCGCCGAGUUCGCCUCCCAGCAGUGGGAGGACGCCCAGUACGCGAUCCCGACCUCGUUCGGGUACGACAACGUCCACCACGAGGGCUUCGCCGCCGAGCAGGCCGCGAUGGCGGACUACUACGAGGCCUCGUCCUCCGCCUACGCGCACGCGGCCGAGGCGCACCCCGCGCCGGAGCCGUUCCACGACUUCGUCGAGCACCACGCCCCCGCGGCCGUGCACGCCCCGCGGCCCGUGCGCUGCCUCGGCUCCCCGACGUUCCUCACGCCCGAGCAGCGCCUCGACGCGUUCGGCAUGCGCGUCGACGCCCACGGCAUGCACCACAACCCGAUGCUCGUCAACCUCGCGAGCGCCGCCGCCGACGGCGCGCCGCACAUCGCGCUCCCGCAGGUGCCCCCGAUGCAGCCCUCCGAGUCCUCGCUCUCCGACCACGGCAUGGACUACGCGCCGCACCAGGACGCGUUCUACUACGCCGCCGACGCGGGGCACGGCAUGCCCGCGUACCCGUACCUGCACUACAGCUACGGCGUGCCCGCGUACCCGCAGCCGGACGCGCACCCGCAGGAGGUGAUCGAGCCGACGAUGCUCUAUACCAUGCCCAUGCUCUCCGCGGGCAUGACCGCGUAG